AUGCAAGUAGAAUUAAUUCUAAAAAUAUAGAAUGGACUGUAAUAGAAGAAUCAAACUAUUGCAAAAACUAUUUCUGUUAUCAAUAUCGAUAAUUAAAGCGCUCCGAUGAAUACGAUAAAAGAAUUAAAUAUGUAGGAGAAAAAUCUAAAAAUAUACUUUGUUAGCAUAAAUUGA